AAUAUCGACGUCGCAUGCCUGCAGCUACUAGUGCGAAUUGUAGUGCUCAGUGUUUCGGAUUCAGAGCAACUGUUAAGAGUAUUUAAAAUAUUUAAAAAAAUGGUAAACCAUCAACUUGGCAUGACUCUCUCUGUGCUGUUGUUUUUGGCUACAAGUUUGGCAAAUGCCCAAACGAACAGCAUGAAUAAUAGAUUAGAUGUGCAGCCGUCCAUGGAAACGAAAACUACUAUGGCAGAAAAUCCAAGUGCAAUGGGUUUCGAUUUCGAGGCCGCAGUGCGCACAUGUAAUGCAAGUUUCCCUACACCAAUCGAGUAUAUCCAACAAUUCAAUGAAACUGCGGAAUUACCAAAUACGGCGGACAAAACAAGCAUGUGUUUCAUGCACUGUUACAUGGAGAAAACUGGACUUAUGCGAAAUUGGCAAUUGAAUCGUGCACUGAUCAUGCAAACAAUGUGGCCAGCAACCGGAGAUUCGAUUCCAGUCUGCCAGAAUGAAGGAUGUAACACGGAAACUUGUGCUUGUAAGCGUACGUACGCCAUCGCUAAAUGUCUGAUGAUUCGCUCUCUGGUGGAUGCCCGCAACAAGCCGGUCGUUUGACGAUAAUUUGCUCGCCACAAGCAGUUCGAUAAGCAGCUAUAAGCAGCUGCAGAUACACUUUUCAAUUGGGUUUAUUCUAUUCGAAGUUGUGUGCUUUAUUGUUAUGUAAAUGUGUCUACGAGAAUAUCGAUAUUAUCACUCGCUUUAAUAAAUAAAUGUGCGCUUUGUUUCGAGCGUUUAAUCUGC